AUUAGUGACAAAAUUGACAUGAACGAAUCUGAUUUCAAGGUAGUGUCGUAUAAGCGAAAAAAGUCACAAUUAAGAUCGAAAAAUAUUGUAAACAAUAAUAUAUUGUCUAACGAAUCAUAUUUUAACGUGGACGUUAGUUUCAAGAGAAUUGUGGAUGCUAAACUUGAAAUUACUGCAACUGAUUUAUACGAUUCUUUACUGGCGUCAUUAAGAGAAGGAAUAGAAAGUUUGAAGCAUCCAAAAAUAUCUAAUAUCAUUUGUCUGGGCCUUGGCAAAAUUGGUGAGUGUUUAAUAGCACGUUACCAAUUAGCCGCAAUCUUAAGUUUAAGCGAUUUAUACAACGUAAAAAUAUCAGCCUAUGAUCCAAUUUUUACCGAAAAAGAUAAGGAAUUACUCUCUAAAUUUGAAGUUAAUGUUUUAAGUGAAAAUUUAGAAGGAAAAUUUCAUUUGAGUGGUCAUGAAACCGUAUUGUUUUAUUUACCACAUUGCCCCAAACAGUUGACCAAUAACUUACUCUGGGCUAAUUGGGGCUUAAAUUUAGCUAAUUGCAUUAUCAUUUCAAAUAGUUUCACCAAUAUUAUAGAAUCAAAUUCAUCUGCACACUUAGUAUUAAAUGCAUAUUACAUCUCAAAAAUUCAACCUUAUGUUCUUGAAUUAGCGAUAAUUAAUAGCUUUAAAUAUUAUGAAAUUUUCAAUGAUACGGCUAUUCACGUAUUCCCCAAAUUAAAUUACGUUUGUCCAGAUUUAUGGAAAGAUAAUCCAGAACCUGUUUACGAAAUUGAAGCAUAAUUUACUGAUUAUUUUUUUUUUUUUUGUUAAAAAUCAUUAAUUAGAUAUCAUUUCUACAGAGGUUUUAAAACAUGGCAUCAAAACUUAUCAUUUUAAGACAAAUAAUAUCUGAAUUAAGACAUGCUUUACCAAAAGAUAAGAUCAAAGAUGACUUAACUGUUCAGUACAUAUUGAAUCAGUACAGGAAAUAUCUAGUAACAGGAGAACAACUUUGCAAAGCUAGAGAAGAAAUGCAAUUUAUAGCAAACACUUAUUUGUGUUACUUGAGAAGUACAAGGUUGAGUAAAGAAAUUCAACAAGAAUUUCAUGGAAAAGGAGAAAGAACUGUGGAAGAUACUGCAAAAUUAGUUGGAUUCAAAUUGCCCCAUGAUCCAAAAUAGUUUAAUUGUAGUAGUAAUAUGUAAAUAGUAGUAUAAGUGAAAUUAUAUUAGAAUUGUACAGGAUGAAGUAAAUAAAUUAAAUUGAAUCAGU